AAGAGAGAAUGGAGGGGGUCAGCAUAUGGGAGGAUGAGAGAAUGAGGGGUAGUGGUGGGUGUGAGUGUGGACGUGAUUGUGUGAGUGUCACUUAUCUGCUUACCCACACCCUCCUCAUGAGAGUUUUAUCGUCUAAUUCAAACAUACAAUUAGCCACUGUAGUUGAAAAGAGAGGGCAGAAUCUUAUACUCGAUUAUAUAAAAGAAAGUACACAAGUUUUGUGAAAAAUGAGCAUUAAUAGAAUUCGUCGUGGUUUUAUUGAAAAAGACGAAUGCGAUGCUAUAAAGGCAUUCGAAGAUGUUGGACCUGAACAACAGAAAAUAUAUGGCAAAAGCUUUUGUAAACCGGUAAUAAAAAGUUAGCAUAAGAAGAAGAAAAGCUAUGAAUUGGUGGCUGCACAUAUCACACAUGAUAUAACACCGAAAAUCUUGCCAAAAUCACAUAUGUUUAAUCUCCCACUUGAUGAAAACUCACUAUCAAGUGAACAAGUUGAGGAGAAUAAACAAAGUAUAGAGAAAUUAACAAGAGAUCUUCACCUAAAAACAAUGGAACUUUAUCUAAAAAUAACAAAAGAAGAAUUUGCUUUCAAAAUGAAAGAUUAGAAAAACUUCUUGAGGAGUUUCCACAAGAUAAAGGUAAUGGACCAUUAACACAAGCUGUUGCUAAUGUUAAUGAUGAAGAACCUUUUGAUGAAAAUAAUAAUGAUGAGGAUGAAGUUUUUACACAACGGCGUCCCCUUGGACAAAGAUAA